GUUGUAUAUGACAUUUGGUUGCCCAGUCUAUUUCAAGAGCUCCUCGGUGGUUAUAUCUUCGAUAAUCCCAUCUUCUCUUUCCGGUUGUGUGGUAGUUUGGUCCUCUACACGGACUCACUUCUUAGGCUGUUGUGUCUCUUUAUCUCCCUUUUCUGUUUGGUGAGGAAGAGUCUAAAGGAGGAUGUCGCACACCCGACGUAGGGUAGGUCAGUUUUGAUUCUCCUGGUGACGUCGAGGAGGUUGACGGACAAGCCGCCGCCAUGAUGUCGCCAGCUGAAGCAGAAAUCCUAGUUGAUCGCUGAUUAGUCGCCCUUUAGUAAUCUCAUAGCUCUUAAUAGUAUGACAAUUUUUCCUAUAAGUUAUAAAUUAUUUUAUGUGAACCAAAUCUUUUAAUUGCUUCUUCCUAGUUGAUUUUAUCGGCGAUGAUGAUUUUUCACGUUUCUCAUACAUUCUAUCAAAUCGCAUAAUGUGCAUAAACCGGUUGUACCAUAUCACAUGGCUUGGCACACUGUAUUGUUUAAACCGGUUUGGCACACUGGUAUUUGAAACUGUCCCAUUCACUCACAUCUCGUCGCGCCUCCAUUCUCAAAUCUUCCACACGACGGCGACUGCGAGUCCAGCUGAAUCACACCGGAAAGAAGAAAAAUAUACGCCGGAGGGAGCCGUUCAGGUGUUAUGAUUCUUAACAUAGUGUUCUUCACGCCAUACUCAAAUCAAACAAAAAAACACCUAGUAUUCCCUAGUUUCUUCUUCCACACACGAAACUCCCUCUCACCCUAUCUCGUGUACUCCGCCUUCUGCGUAUAAAACAACACUCGCGCGCAUCGUAGUUCCUCCUUCGCUACAGCAGUUGUCGAAGUUGGGCGGUGGAAAAAAGAUCGGAGGCUGCGGAAGGGGAGAGAAGGAGAAAGAAGAGGAGAAAUGGCGCCUAGGCUGAGUCCGGGCGACGCUACGGGAUUUAAGCUGCUCUUCCUCCUUGCGUCGCUGUACGGACUCAUGUCCGUGCUCGUCUACUCCGUACUCCACAUGAAGUUUAUUACGCCGCUCGCCGUCGACGCGCCUCCGGAUCGUUUCUCCGAGGCACGCGCCGUCGAGCACGUUCGCGCCUUAACGAGAACUGGACGCCAGGAAGGGCGUCCUGGUUUGAGAGAAGCUGCAAAUUACAUUAGAACGGAGCUUGAAGCGAUAAGAGGAAGAUCUGGUUCAGGUUACAGAAUUGAGAUUGAAGAGACUGCAGUUAACGGUUCCUUCAAUAUGAUGUUCUUAGGCCAUAGCAUAUCCCUGGGAUACAGAAAUCAUACUAAUUUGAUCAUGAGGAUGUCAUCGGUAGAUUCACCAAGCGAUGAUGCUUCUGUUCUAAUAAAUGGCCAUUUUGAUAGUCCACUUGGCUCUGUAGGAGCUGGCGAUUGUGGUUCUUGUGUUGCAUCAAUGCUGGAAGUUGCAAGAGUUAUUGUGGACUCUGGCUGGAUCCCUCCUCGUCCUAUUAUAUUCCUUUUCAACGGGGCUGAAGAACUUUUCAUGUUGGCUGCGCAUGGUUUCAUGACAACACAUGAAUGGCGGCAUUCUAUUGGAGCUUCCAUAAAUGUGGAAGCAUCUGGGACAGGAGGACCUGAUUUAGUUUGCCAAUCUGGACCUAGUUCAUGGCCCUCUCAAUUAUAUGCCCAGUCUGCUAUUUACCCCAUGGCUCACAGUGCUGCUCAGGAUGUUUUUCCUAUUAUUCCCGGCGACACAGAUUACAGAAUGUUUUCCCAGGAUUAUGGGAACAUCCCCAGCCUGGAUAUCAUCUUUCUUCUAGGCGGAUAUUAUUACCAUACUUCCUUUGACACCGUGGACAAACUACUACCUGGAUCCAUGCAAGCACGUGGAGAAAACUUUCUGAGUAUACUCAAAGGCUUUACAAAUUCUUCCAAGCUACGAAGUGCCCAAGAAAGAAAUUCUCUUGAAGCAGCAAAUGACUAUGAUGAUGAGCGUGCUGUUUUCUUCGAUUAUUUGACUUGGUUCUUGGUGCUAUAUUCAAAAAGAGUUGCAAGAGUACUGCAUAGUGGUCCCAUCGUUCUCUUUCUUGCUAUGCCGUUGAUUUUUUGUUUUCUUGAUUCUGGGCGUCGUUCUUGGUUUACAACUUUCUGCGACCUUAUGAAAGGAAUGAUGUUGCAUGCAAGUGGAUUUAUCCUGGCUAUUCUUUGCCCCGUUGCCUUUUCCAUCGCCAGAUUAUUUUUCUCCGGUUGUGCUAUGAGCUGGUUUGCUCGUCCGUACUUGGCAUACAUGAUGUUUAUCCCUUGUUCGCUUCUCGGUUUGCUGAUACCAAGGGCCAUUUGGAGUUCUUUGCCUCCCUCUCUGGAUGCUUCCAACCUUGAGAAAUCCAAGGAGGCAUUAUCUGAUGAAGCAAGGUUUUGGGGAGCAUUUGGAUUGUAUGCUGUCAUAACUCAGGCUUAUACUGCAGCUGGGCUCAGUGGCGGAUUCUUGGCCUUUUUAAUUUCAGCUUCUAUGCUUCUAGCUUGGAUCUUCUUUUGCCUUUCUGUCAAAUUUUAUGGUCAUCAAACACUUCGGUCAACAAUCUCUUAUAUAAUACCUCUGGUCCCUUACCUCAUAUAUGGCGUAUAUUUUGGUGCAUUUCUCAUCCAAUUUUUGAUCGAGAAGACGGGAAUGGUGGGCGCUGUCCCACCCCCAUAUGGAUAUUAUGUUCCCGAUGUUCUGGUGGCAGCAGUAAUUGGACUUGUAACUAGUUGGUGUUUCGGCCCGUUAGUACCUGUUUUGGGUUGGUGGUUAGCUAGGUCAUCCAUCUUGAAGUUCUUGUUGCAUAUUACCGUGGUUGCCUUGGCGGUCUCCUCACAGUUCUUCCCAUACAGCAACCUAGCCCCUAAAAGGCUUGUUUUCCAGCAUACCGUCGUGACUACGGAUGGAAGUAAGAUUAUGGACUCAAGCUACCAUUUCGCUGUGGUGGAUUCGAAUUCUCUGAACUUUCUUUUCAAACAUUCACCUGAAGUGGCGAAGCAACUGCAAAUUGGCUCAGAUUUCUCUCUGGGUACUGCUAAUAAGUCUCAACUCCACGACUGGGUGGCACUUUUCCCAGUAUCUCACCUGUUCUCUGGAAGUCUGAAGUUUCCUGCUAGCAACCACGAGCUCCUGAAGCAGUAUCAACGGUUCCCUCAUCUGUACAACUCCAAGCCUGCUACUGUCUCUGGUGAUGGAUCCCGGAGAGUUCACUUGGAGCUUUCUUUGGGCGACUCAAAGGAAGUGUGGGUCACAGUCCUCAACAUUACGGGUCCCUUAUCGAGCUGGUCCUUCGCAGACAACAAAAUUCCAGCUCCUGAAGUCAUCAGUGAAGGCCCUGCGUCGUUCAUCUGUAGGCUCAGCGGAUCAAGCCAUGAAACUUGGACAUUCUGGCUAGAGGCUAGCAGUUCGGAGAACCUGAGAGUGGACGUGGCGGUGUUAGAUCAAGCUUUAGUCGACGAAACGGAGAAGUUGAAGGGGCUCUUCCCCGACUGGGUCGAUGUCACUGCCUAUACUGGUUUCUUGUCCAGCUAUGUGUUUUAGUCAACUUAUAGCGCUGUACUCUUCUUGCAACGCUAGUCGAAUAAGGUGAUUUAAGAGUAGAAUAGGAGAAACUCGAGCCAUUGUUUUGGCUUCUCUAGAAGGAACACGCAUGAAUUUAGGACACAAAAAAUUCAAGCUUCCGUUAACACGACAAAUGUUCUUGGCCAAAUUUGCAAUUGUUGCCAAGAAUUGAAUAGCAGCUCGAUUUCUCUCUGAUUGAAACAUGAUAUUUGCUUCUGUAUCUCGUUAGUCUACCGUGGAAGAAAGUACUCAUUCAUAGGGGUGGGAUUCGGUCGGUAAACGGUAAAUUGUUUACCGAAUUUACCGGUUUCGAUAUACCGACGUUGGCGAAAUUGGACUCGAUUACCAAUACCGAUUUGUAACCGGUUUUACCGAUUACCGAAUUAUCGGCAAACGAUUACAAACCGGUAUUACCGAAAUACCGUGAGAAGCGACGUCGGCGACGAGGAGAUGGCGGCGGGGGAAGCCGGAAUGUGGCGGAAAUGUGGAGAUAGAAGCGCCUCCCCUAUUUUUGGAUUUUUAAUUGGUGAGCGAACAAUUAAAUGGCAUUAGUGGCAACCUCGGCACUCCGAAAGAUUUUCCCUUUGAUCCCUUUCUGAUUUUUUCUCAGGAAACAAACCUGAGAGAAUAUUUGUUGCUUUGCUCCAGGGUUUUGAUUUGAAGUCAAAGAGCGAGCAGAAGAAAAGAGAAACGAGAAAGAGCAUGGAUGGAAAAAGGCUGCUAAAAACUUGAAGAGGGUCGGGAAAAGUUGAUUUGGCGGAGAGUGUGGGAACUGGGAAGGGCGUCGCGCAUCGGCGAGGGAAGGGAGAGACGAGAAUCAGGGAUGGCUGAGUCAGGGGAAGCGCGCGAGUAGCCCGUUGCCGUCGCUAGACGGUCGUCGCCGUCGCUGCCAGCAGAAGGAGAGGCGAUCAGUCGAAGGAAGACGAGAAGAGGAGAGCUGGAGAGGUCAGGUGGUUGCGCGGCGGGUCUCGAAAAAACGAAAAGAGGAGAGUCGGGCUCGGGCGGGGUCGCUGGGUAGGUGUUUUUAGGGUUUGGGAGAGACGCAGCAAAACGCAGCGCAGUGGGAGGGGGGAUUUCGGUAUCGGUAUUACCGACUUACCGUCGGUAUUUACCGAUACCGUGUCCGGUAAACCGAGUCCCCCAAGUUCCCGCUCGGCCGCCGAUAUCGCCGAUUAACGGUUUACCGUUUACCGGUUCGGUAAAACGGUAUACCGUUUACCGGAUUACCGUUUACCACCCCUACUCAUUCAUGAAGGCUUGGAAAAGAUCCCAGUGAAAUGUUCACAGAGGAUAGAAAUCGAGCCACUGCUUCACAAUUCAUUGACGUGAGAAAGGAAAAAAAGACAAGUAUGAUUA